UUUCCAGCCCUUUUGGUUUUCUUCUUCAUCAUCAUCAAUCAUGCCUAGUUCCUCUUCCAUUAUAUGAUUUUCAAUCUGUCUAUUCCAUCGGCUUUUGUGAAGGAGCUUUCCCAUUGCCCAUCCAAGAUUUUUUCAGAAGAUUCGGUUUUCAAAACUUGAGUUGGUGCCAUAGAGAGAACCAGAGCAAAGGGUUUGUUGGGUUUGGGGCUCCCGUGGAGCUCGAUCGUAAAUAUACUUCCUUGGAGAUAUGUCAACUAAAAUGAAGGGCCUUUUAAAGGGACUAAGAUACAUUUCCCAAAUAUUCGAAAAUGAGAAAGACCAAGAGAUUCAGAUAGGGCACCCCACGGAUGUGAAGCACGUAGCCCACAUUGGGUGGGAUGGUCCAUCUUCCGCAAAUUCUGCUCCCAGCUGGAUGAAUGAGUUUAAGUCAGUGGCCGGGUUUUCAUCGGCCCCUCUAGGCGUUCCAGGGGACAAGAAGGAGGAUGGCUCUGUCAAGUGGUCUUCUGAAGAUUUGACCCGAAGAGGAGGUUCAGUACAGUCAUGUGGUCGUUGUCCAGCCCGAGACUUGCCGGAUGUCCCGAAAUCAUCUAGAUGGCAUUCUUCCUCCAACACCGAUGCAGCCACUUCAUCAGUGGAAUCCCCGACCAACUUGAAAUCCGAGAAGGCGAGGCAGUCAAGGAGAUCCUCAAAGGGGUCACAGUCUCCUGCAAGGGAAUGGAGCGACGGGACUAGGGCGUCCCACCAAACAGCAGACCCUGACCUUGGGAGUUCAUCCCCAGUGAGGCUGGACAUCCCCAAGAAGACACGGAGGAAGAAAUCUAAGGAAUCAUCAGGCGGCGGGUCCACAAGAUCAUCCACCAGGUCGAAGGACCAAGCCACUUCUCUUGUUUAUGAGUCCCCAUAUUCAGACCCGGGGCCAGGGAGUGGGUCCGGACCACUCUCCAUGCCCAAAAGCCGUGAUCAAUUCGGUCAAUCUUCGAAGCUAGAAGGUUAUGACAACAGGGAUGAGAAGGCAAUUAGCAGAAUAUUAUGAGUUGAUCAUUGUUUUGUUCAGUUUUUGAGAUUUCUAUGUUUUGGUGAUUUUAGUUUUAGUUUUUGAUAGAAGGAUAGCGAAAGGAUGUGGGUUAAUUAGAUGAAGAUGGGGAAAAUUAAUAUACGUAGACACAAAUUUUGAGGGGACGAGACAAUAUGACAAUUUUGUCGUCUUAGAAUAUUUUGGGUUGUGACCAUCAAUGGGUCUCUUAUCUGUGCCAUUAUUCAUGAGGUGUAAUUAAGACUACAUGUAAUCCACUCCUUUCUUAUAUGAUCUAAACAUGAGAACACAAUUCAUUCA